AUGCAACAAGAAAUGGAGGAGUUUGGUCGUCCUGUAUCGUGGGGAGAAGUGUUUCAAAGGACUCACACAAAGCCAGAUGGAAUAUUUGUUGAUUUCAAAGCUCAACAAGUUCCUGAGGCUUAUGAGAAGCAACUGAAUGAAGCUAUGUCGGAGGAAGAUCUUCAAGGGCCUGGGAUUUCAGGGAAUUCUUCUCAACGCUCUACUCAGCUAACACUAACCAUCGAGCAAAAGAAUGAGAUAUUCCGUAAGUGUACACAGACUGAUCCGAAAGGAAUCAUCUUUGGACUUGGGGAACUACCUCUGAUGGUUGACAGCGGAAAGGGAAAAGAAAGCUUUGCAAGCUCCACUAUGCCAGAACUUUCACAGAUCCAAGACCAACUACAUGAAGCUCAGCAUAAGAUUGAUACUGAAGAGGAGGAAAAUGCUCGGCGUGAUGAGGAACACCGCAAAGCUCAGGAAAAGAUCUCUGAAAUAUCAAAGCUUCUAAGUCCCACCGACGCACCAGCCUCCGCACAAGACAAGGAACCAGGCAUCACACCACUCGACCCACCAGCACCAGCCACCGCUUAA